UGGUGUAUAUACUAAAGGAAGAAGAAUACUUUAUGGUUUAAGUUCAUGUGAAUUUAUUCCUUGGGAUACUGUUGUAGAUAUAUUUAUUAAUGAAGUUAUAACAGGACAAAAGGUAUUAUAUUACCUUACAAUUAUUGUAAAAGAAUCAUUUAAUGGGAAAGAUUCAAUAAAAUUAGUCCCUUUAUUUCAAGAAUUAAUACCUGAGAGAAAAUGCCUGGAAUAUAUGUACGAAAAGCUAGCUGGAUUAAUGGGACCCAAAGAAGAGAAACAUCAGUUUUAACAGUACCUGGCUCAUACUGGUUAUCUCAUAAGAAUAAUGUAUAUAAAUUUAUUUUGAGAUAUCAUCGUUUAACCAGAAAUAUAAAGCAAUUUAACUUUGGGAGAGAAUUAAUGAAAAUAAUUAGAAGGAUUAUAAAAAACCAACCUCGUCAAGGGCAACAAUUCAUUACAAGCCAUCUUUUAGUUACUUAUAAUCAUACAUCUUGGACUAGACAAGAUAAGAUAUUUGCAAUGACACAAUUUAAGGAACGAUGUGUUGCAGCAUUUUCUUGUGCAUUUGUAUUAACUGUAAAAGUACUAUAUUCUUCUGAAACCAUAGAACAGAAUAUAGAAUAUAUAACAACUCGUUCUGCACAGUCUUUAAUUCAGGAGGAUGAAAAUUCAGAUAGUGGACACACAUUUGAUUAUACCAAAGAAAGAAGAAGUAAAAAACGUCUAGUACGUUCUUUUAAAGAUGAUUUUUCACAAAAAAACAACCAAUGUUAUAAUAUGCAAGAACAGGUUUUAAAAUCAGGAAAUAGAAGUAUUCAGCUAUUAGAUAAUAGUGCUGUAAAUAAUAAUUUAAAAGAAUUAUCCGAAAAUAAAGAAUUAGUAAAAGAAGUAACUAAUAAUAAAAACACAAGUAAACUUAUUAAAAAUUUGAAUGCAUCAUUUAAGUUACCAGUAGCAUCAGGAAAUAAUAUAAAGUUGAAUGAUAGUAGAAAAAAACGUAAGACGAAGAAACUAGAUGAGCACAAUAUUGAAAAAAAUGUUGCUGAAUAUAAGGAUAAUUCUGUAUCAGAUAAGAGCAGAAUAUUAGAUGAUAACAGUACAUUCGAUGAUUCUCUUAAUUUGCCAUAUCAGUACUUGAUAGAAGAAGAAAUAAAAAAUACAAAGCUGAAACUUAUAAAAUGUGAGUUAGAAAAAGUAAGCGAAGAAGUAUCUACAGUUGGUGCAGAUGAACAUUCAGAUAUUACAAAAAUUAAAAAUUUAUCUCGUUUUAAGAAAAAAAAAUAUGCACUGGAUAAUGUAUCACGGUCUUCAGAUAUUACAAAUUUAGUAAUGGAAGGACUAAUGUUUACAAUUCGUCAGGGGCAAGAUACUGUCGCAGUUAUAGAACAAAAAACUAAAUUGGAAGUAGAUGAAGUAUUAGAAAAUUCUGAAAAAAUUGAAACGAAAGGAGGAGAAAAAUGUUUACGAAAUUCUAGUUUACUUGGUUUGGAGAAUUUAAUAACAAUGAUUGAAUUACCAGAAGAAAGUGAAUUUACAGAUAAAAAUGCAAUUACUCAAGAGCAUACUUUAACAAAUAAUAAAAUUAAAGAACAAAAUAUUCCAUCUGAAUUAAAACGUAUGCAAAGGCAAUCUUCUUAUAAUAACUCUCCUUUAGCUGGUACAAGUUUUUCAAAUAGUAACAAGGAUUCUAGUAUCAUAAACAAACGUCAUUAUUCUGAAGUAUAUGAUAAAUAUAAAGAAAGUACAGAAUUUGCAAAAAGUAAACGUCCAAAAUAUGAAGAAGAAGAGGAAGAGGAAGAUAUAGUUCCAGAAGCAUUACAAGAUAAAAUUUUUCAGUCUCCUACAGUAUCUCUUAAGGUAGAUAAAUCCGAAGAAAAAUUAAGAUUUAUACCAAAUAAAGAUUUAUUAAUGGAUGAUAUAGAAAGUGAAGAAUUGGUCAAAUUUAGAACAAUAAAGAAUGAACAUAGUUUUCAUUUUAGUAAAAAUUUGCAGCCAAGAACAUAUUCAAAAAAUGAUAGUUCAAAUGACAAUCUUGUUAUGAAAUCAGGAGAAAUGUCUAUGAAUUCUAUUGUAAAUAAAACACAACAAUUACAUGAUAAUACAGUUGAUAAAUCUUCAAAAAAAUGUAAAUCAAAUGUCCCAAUAGUUAUUUCAAAUCAAAUUAUUACUACAGAUCAGAUACCUUUGCCAUUGCAAAAAAUACUCAGAAAUAAGUUAUCAAUGAAACGCAUUUUUUCAAAUAACAACAAUGAAAUAAAUGAAGAUAAUAUUGAAAUUUGCAAGGCACAGUCGUAUCAGAUAAAAGAUAAUAUUUCUAACGUUCAACUGGAACAUCAGAGUUCAGAUAAUAAUACAUUGACAAAUACUCAGUGCUUAAAACAACAUCAUAAAUCUGAACAUGAUAACAAAGGAACUUAUAAUGAAAGUACAUCGUCUGCAACGUCAAGAAUAGAAUUAAAAGAUACCAAUGUUUCAGAAAAAAACAUAAAUCUAAAGAAGGAAGAGUCACAAGAAGAGAAUACUUGUACUGUUAAAGUAGAAGGAUUAUUACCAAAUAAAAUAAAGGAUAUCACACAAAAAUUUUAUCAAGAUCUCUCACAAUUACAACAGAAAAAGAAUUUCAUUAAUCAAAAAUAUUUUAAAUCAAAAAGAAAAUCAUUAAAUAAAUUAAAUGAUGCUAGUAAUGAUCAAAUAAAGAUACAAAUGGUUAAAUUGUUUCAAGACAUUACAAGAGGUGCCAAGGUUGUUAUAAGACGCAUGAGUACAAAUAUAUAUUCAUAGUUUAAUAGAAAAGAGUUCCUCUUUUACAAUAUACACGAAAUUUUCAUGUUAUUUAUCUUAACUGAAUUUAUAAUUUAACGCUUUGUGGAUGGCCCAGUUUAAACGUACCGCUUUGUGGAACCGAUUUCGCUACUGUGACAGAGAUUGAAAAUGGUCAGAGCACUUUUUCUUGUACUGUGUACCACAUAAAGAUAAAUAAAGAUGAGUUUGUAAAAAAAAUUCAUAUCAAGUUUAUAGCGAUUGAUGUAGUAACUUUUAAGGCAUGUAUAUAUGUAUGUAUCUAUUGCAAACAUUGAUUAUUUUUAAUUAUGUCGGGGGUAUAAGCUAAAUAUUUGCCAAACAUGUGUUUAUUAGCCACGUCAAUUGUUUUUGCAAAACAAUUAUUUAUGUUGAACGCA